CUUUUCAUGCUGCCUGUCAGACACCCCUGGAGCUGUAUAUGCUGUGUGCAGCCCCCGUGUCAUCUGGUGUCUGGAUCCUGCCAAAUCCAGCAGCUAAAUACAAUCCUGCAAGAAUCCCAUACUCCAUAGACUGAGGAGAAGACUAUAGUAAAAGAAGGAGACCCCCUAAACUAAAGAAGAAGCCAUCAUGGUUCCUUGUGGACCAGCUUUAUCAGUUGUCCGAUGUUUACUCAGAAGGAAGAUCGUAACAUUAGACAGUCUUGAAGAUUCUAAGCUAUGCCGCUGUCUGUCAACUGUGGACCUCAUCGCUCUGGGAGUUGGAAGCACUCUUGGAGCUGGAGUCUAUGUUCUUGCUGGAGAAGUGGCAAAGUCAAACUCUGGACCAAGCAUUGUCAUUUCCUUCCUUAUUGCAGCACUGGCAUCUGUAAUGGCAGGCCUCUGCUAUGCAGAGUUUGGAGCUCGGGUGCCAAAAACUGGAUCAGCUUACUUAUAUACAUAUGUCACAGUUGGAGAACUCUGGGCAUUUAUUACAGGCUGGAAUCUUAUUCUAUCUUAUGUCAUAGGUACCUCCAGUGUGGCACGGGCAUGGAGUGGCACAUUCGAUGAGCUUCUAGGAAAACAGAUUGGUCAUUUUUUUAGAACAUAUUUCAGGAUGAAUUCUCCAGGUCUGGCUGAAUAUCCAGACUUUUUUGCAGUUUGUCUUAUAUUACUUUUAUCAGGGUUGCUAUCGUUCGGAGUGAAGGAAUCCGCCUGGGUGAACAAGGUGUUCACAGCAGUCAAUAUUUUGGUCCUCUUGUUUGUCAUGGUUGCUGGAUUUGUGAAAGGAGAUGUACAAAACUGGAAAAUAUCAGAGUCCUUUCUUCAGAAUAUCUCAGCUCCACCUGGCAACUACGUGUCAUAUGAAAAUGUGACGAGUAAAUACGGAGCUGGAGGCUUCAUGCCAUAUGGCAUGACUGGGAUGCUGGCUGGCGCAGCUACUUGCUUCUAUGCCUUCGUUGGAUUUGACUGCAUUGCAACAACCGGAGAAGAAGUGCGAAAUCCACAAAAAGCAAUACCCAUUGGGAUUGUGACCUCUCUGCUGGUGUGCUUCAUGGCCUACUUUGGUGUGUCAGCAGCCCUGACAUUGAUGAUGCCUUACUACCUGUUAGACGAGAAGAGUCCUCUCCCGGUCGCCUUUCAAUAUGUUGGCUGGGGUCCUGCUAAAUACGUAGUGGCUGUUGGGUCCCUCUGUGCGCUGUCAACAAGUCUGCUCGGAUCCAUUUUCCCAAUGCCUCGCGUAAUCUAUGCUAUGGCGGAAGAUGGGUUGCUUUUCAGAUUUCUUGCUCGGAUCAGUCCCAAGACGAAGACUCCUGUAAUUGCCACCCUCUCGUCUGGUGCAGUGGCAGCUAUAAUGGCGUUUCUGUUUGACCUAAAAGCUUUGGUUGACAUGAUGUCCAUUGGAACGCUCCUGGCCUAUUCCCUUGUGGCAGCCUGUGUCCUCAUCCUCCGGUACCAGCCCGGCAUCGGUUAUGAGAAGCCUAAAUGUGUUCCAGAUAAAGAAAUGCUGUCUGCAUCAGAGAGAGAGUCAAUGAUGAGCGAAUCCCAAAUCAUUAUCCUACAAGAACAGGGAUUUAGCUUUCACUCCCUCCUGCACCCCCCCAGCAUACCGACAGAACAGUCUGCCUCUGUAGUCAGCUUUCUUGUGGGAAUUCUGGCAUUUAUAAUUUGUGCACUGAGUGUCCUGACAACAUAUGCAGUGGAAGCCAUAGGAAAUGUGGAGUCAUGGAGUAUCGCACUUCUUAUUGUAUUAAUUUUACUCAUCAUAUUCAUUGUUUCAAUCAUCUGGAGACAACCUCAGAACCAGCACAAAAUCACGUUUAUGGUUCCACUUCUACCAGUUCUGCCGGUUUUCAGUGUCCUGGUAAAUGUGUACUUAAUGGUACAGCUGAGUGGUGACACGUGGAUCAGAUUUAGUAUUUGGAUGGCUCUUGGUUUCCUGAUUUACUUUGCUUACGGCAUAAGAAAUAGUUUAGAAGGCAAACCCAAAAAACAUGACGAAGAGGAUGAAGAUGGUGACUCUGACAACAGUGUAACUGAAGAGAAACUGCCAGCAAAGGAAAACGAAGAGGAAAACGCAAAGGAAAGUGAUCAUUUUAUUUUGCACGAAAGGACAAGUGAAUGCUAGUGAGAUCGGCACUGUGAGAAGAUGUAAGAGGCACCAUUCAUUCAAGCCACACACUGUACCUGCUUUAGGUUAUGUUAUCCAUUUGAAAUGAAACGUACUGUGCACAAUGUGGUGGGAUGCCAGAAGAUGAGUGUCAGAAGAAGCUCUGCUGUAUGGAUCCAUGUGUUCUGCCAAAAACAGCUACUUUCUAGAUUUUCCAAGUCUCCUAACAAGAGGAGCUUGAGGCCUUGCUGCUACAUUGCUUGAUUUUGUAUCCGCAUGUCUUAAGAUGUGUAUGCUUCUCACUGAUUGCAUCUAGAGUGCAACCAGAACCUCAACCUGCAAUUUUUAUUUUUAGAUUGGGCAGUAGGCCACAUUCCUGAAUUUCCUUUUAUUUUCAGUAAAAUGCAAAAUGUAGUUUAUCUUUAUUUUUUGGUAACCAACAGCAUUCAUGAGAUCAGCAGCAGUGUCCUAAUAUACAGUAACGUGUAUCAUAUACAUCACCUUUAAAGUUUUUUUUUUUCUAGGACUUUAAUAUUGUUGACCUAUCUUUAGCAGAUGAUAUCAAUGAUAUUGGCUGGAGUUCGACACCCAGUAUACCUGACAAUCAGCUAAUUGAAGAGAAUACAACUCACUGGAGUCAGACACAGCUCCAUACACCACGUAGUGGCCGGUUAUGGUUACUGCAGCUCAGUCCCAUACUAGUGAAUGGUUAUUCACAUAUUUAUAACCUCUUUGAGACAGCCACCCAACAUUGCAAUAAAAACUGGUCUUCUGGAGAAUUUGUCCUCUCUAAGAAGAUAGUCAGGAUGCAUAGUGUAUGAUAGCAGAAAAUCAUUCAUAGGAAAUCUAGUUUAGAUAAAAGGGUAGUCUUUAUUAAAUAGGUGGUCUUUUUUAAGUGUGUGCCUAUAUUGUUAACAGGGCAGAAAUGGCCUUACUCCUUAGCCUAUUCGUAUUCCUUUUGCCAUAUGGCCACACACAUGACAUGGAUUUUGACCACCAUUAAAGUUAGAAUAUUACAACAAUACUAUAAAAGCUCAGGGUUAUUUCAUGUUAGGAUAAUCAUUGUUGUCAUAGAUGAGCCCAGAAACUUUAAUAGUCCUCAGGAGAGUGAGAGACUCCUUUAGUAUUUUAGUAUUCCCUUAAAGGAUCUUAAAGGGGUUGUACAGGAUUGGAAAAACAUGGCUGCAUUCCUCCAGAGAGGGCACCACUCUUUCUCAUAGAUUGUGUCUGACAUUGUAGCUCAGCUCAGUUGAGUUGUAAUACCGCUCAAAACCUAUAGACAGAGGAAGCGCCAUUUCUAGACAGGUGUGGCCCUGUUUAACACUUUAAUUUGGGACAUCUUUAAUAAUUUAUUUAGGAUUGGUUUCUAAAUUACUUUUAUUGUAGAGUUAUUGCUUAGAAACUAGUUAUAAUGUGAAUUGCAAUGCCAUUUUAUACAUUGUAAACAUUUUUGUGAGCAAAUCGUAGAUUCUAGCAAAGAAGCAAAGAACAUGAACCUGAAGCCAUUACUUGCACACAGUGCAGGCAGCCAUUUUGAACAGGCCUUUAAAGUGGUUUUCAAAUUCUUUUUUUAAGUAAUGGGAAGCCCCUCUGUCAUAUUCUCAGGCUGCAGCCUGUGACAUAUUGUUUGGCUGCAGAGCUAACAUUCUGUAUACCUCUGCAGCCAGUCACUGGUCUCAGCAGGAAGGUGGGUGCAGAGCUGGAUUAGAGUGGGUGCAGGAAGGGAAGAUUCAUUAUUUUUAUCAGAUCCACCAACACUUUGAUAUAAUAAAUAAAAAAAAUCAAACAACCCCUUUUUGACCCAAACAAACCCUAUUACUAUUUAUUGUAUAAUGGGGGAAUUUAUUAAGACUGGCAUCUUUUCUACUAGUCUUCAUACCAAAUAGGCUGGAGUAAAAUGCGCUAAGGUCUCUGCCCAUCGUCUGCCAGUCCAUGCACAAGAAAGGCAAAGCUAAACCCGCUAUGAGCUGCUGUAGACUUGCUCAUUAAUGUACAUCAGUUUCUGGCAUAAAUUAUGGUAAAUCUGCUGACACAUGGGAGGCCACAGCCCCCUGUUGUUAUGCACCAUAAAAACUCAAAGUCACAACCAACAUGUUUAUGCAAAUUAUGCUUGUUCAAAAAGUGACUUUUGAUUCCCCGCACACUCAGCUUUCCAGAGAUGUUUCCUCUCUUUCAAUACAACAAAAGUGUAUGACUUGAUUUCUUGUUCCUGCAAAUAUCCCCCUUUUUCUUGAUUGCUUUGUAUCCAAAAGCUGCAUUAUUUCUACUGCAGUCCUGUAAUCCUCCUUGUUGAGUGUAACCUAAAAUGAGUCUGCAUCGCAUGGAAGGGUAGUUUAUUAUAUAGAAUGUCCACCCUCCUGUGGCAACCGCUGUACUACUAGCUACAUGUUAUCAAAAGGUGACCACUCAUUCAGGACGGAAGUGGUUGCUAGGCAACCUGAAGUACGAAUGCACUAAAAGUGAAUGCUGCACACUGAUUGUGUAUUCAUUUUGUGUAUUCAGUUACUGCAAUGGAUCUAGGCUUUAACCUCAUGGCCCACUCUAAGGGAUUUUUGAUAAGCAUUGUAAGUAGUAGAUACUGAUUAAGAGCUGAGAACCCAUGCCCUUAAAGGGGUUUUCCGGGAAUACUAUAGUGUUUAAUAGAUAUGCUCAUGUGGUUGCUUACCUCAUAUACAUCUUCUCCAUGUUUUUUUUUCAAUUUGGACUCCUCUGACCUGUUUUCACCAUGAAGACCAAUCACUCUGGCUUGUUUCCAUCCUGUAUCCAACCAAACCCAUGAUGCACUUCUUUCUCUGCCACAGCUCCAGCACCGCCCCGACAACACCCAUCUAGUUUAUAGCUCCUCCCACCGAGCUAGUUAUAUAGACACUC